CCCUCGGAACCCGCCUCCAGGCCCCGCCGCGGCCCGGGCGUGGGGGGGGGACGCGCGACACCGGCCGGGCGGCCCGGGGCGGGCGGGGAGGGCUCAGCGGCGGCACUCAGUGACCGCGCGGGACAGCCGCACGCCAUGGUGGACUACUACGAAGCGUUGGGGGUGAGCCGCAGUGCCACCGCCGACGACAUCAAGAAGGCGUACAGGAAGGCUGCGCUGAAAUGGCACCCAGAUAAAAACCCGGACAAUAAGGAGUACGCGGAGCAGAGGUUCAAGGAGAUCGCUGAGGCGUAUGAAGUGCUGUCAGACAAGCAGAAGCGUGAUGUCUAUGACCGUUACGGCAAGGAUGGACUCAUGGGCACAGCAGGACCAGGGGGCUCCAGGGCUGAUGCUGGGGCCCCAGGAUUCACCUUCACCUUCCGCAGCGCUCACGAUGUCUUCCGGGAGUUCUUUGGUGGGCGAGACCCCUUUGCUGAUUUCUUUGAUGAGAUGCUGCCCUUCUCCGAGCUGCGAGGACCUGGCACUCGGCACCACGGGGGAGGUCACUUCUUUUCCCCCUUCCCAGGAUCCUCAGAUUUCUUCACCUCCUCCUUCAGCUCCGGUGCCGAUGCGGGGCUGGGCUUCCGCUCUGUCUCCACCUCCACCACCUUCGUUAACGGCAAGCGCAUCACGACCAAACGGAUUAUCGAGAAUGGGCGGGAGCGGGUGGAAGUGGAGGAGAACGGGGAGCUGAAGUCGAUCCACAUUGAUGGCAUCCCUGACGAUAUGGCACUGGGGUUGGAGCUGAGCCGCCGGGAGCAGCAAGCCUUCCCUAGCCCACGGCCUGCCUCGCCCCCACCACCUGCCCCGCACCGGCCCCCAAGCUCCUCGCCCGUCUGCCUCUACACAGACAGUGAGGAUGAGGAUGAGGACUUGCAGCUGGCUAUGGCCUACAGCCUCUCGGAAAUGGAGGCUGCAGGGCACCACCAAGCAGGUGGGCAUGGCCCUAGCACCCCACCGGCACCAGGGGGCACCCCGUCCUCCACCCGCAGAGCCCACGAUCCCUGGGGAGGGCCAGGACAGGAGCUGCUGGGAGCUAGCAGCACAGCUGCAGCUGGGCAUGAACCUGCCCCCAAAGUGAAGCAGUGGCACUGUCCUCUGCUCUGAGCAUGAGACUGUGGUUGUGCUCCCACCUUGUGGGGCAGGCAGAGGAAAGGAGGGUGGGCUCUCAGUGCCUGGAGCUCAGCUCCUGCCUCCCCAUGCAAGGAAAAGGGGUCCCUCCUGUCCUACUUCCUUGCUGCUCUGGUGGGUGGACAACUGGUGGCAUCCCAGGGUGGGGGGAUUGCCAGAGUUUAGUGUUGUGACUGGAAGAGGGGCCCUUGGUGGAGUCCCAGGAAAAGUGGAACUUCCUGCCUUGGCUCCUGGGAGCACGAGGUGCCCGCUGGCAGGCGUGCUCCAGCUCUGCCUGCUCCUCUCUCCCUGUCUGCCUUGCAGAUGGGCAAGGGCUACGACCAGUGCCUCCCUGAUUGCUGCCUGCCCCUGCCUGGGCUGGGGAGUACCGGGUCGGGCUCUCCCUCUUUGCAAGGAUGUGUGCACAUGUGGGCUCUGCUUGGUACCUUGUGUGUGUCUCUCCCUUCUGGAUGCUGUCGCUCCUGCUUGUAGCCCCUCCUCUGUCUCCCUGUUUGCAGACCGUGCCCCUUCCCUGCACCUUGCACACCCUGCAGGGCAAUGUCACCAACCCUCACCGCCGCUUUGACCUGGGGGUGCUGUCCCUCCCUGCUUCCCGCUCCAGCUGAGACCCUCGGUGAUGCUCAUAGAUGUUCACCAUGGCCUGUGGCUGUCUUCCUUCUAGGACCUCCCUCCCUCCUUGCCCCCGUCCAGCACUGAGCCGAGGAGGGUUUCAUGGGUGCUGUUGUGUGUCCCCUCCGCUUGUCUCCCCAGGUGUGUUCUGAGGCUGCUGCGCCCGGGGACUGCGCACGCCCGCUCGCCCACGGAGGCUCUCCCAGCCAGGACUCUGCUUUGUCCCUGCACGGCCACUCCCUGCCACCCCCUUCCCCCAGCACCCUUUGGCUCCGUGGGAUGCAGUGGGGAGGGGUUGUGGGGAUGCUUGACAGGGCUUAUGGCUGGGGUGAAGAUACCUUUGGCCCCAUGAGGUGGUGGGGAGGGUGGCGAUGGGGGAACUGGAGGGGAGGGGGUGACGGAUGGGUGCUGUAGAUUAGGCUAGCUGGGGGUGCUGGUGGCAGGCAGCAAGGGGCAGCAUGGCUGGGCUCAGCCAGCAGGGCUGGGCUCUGCCCCGCUCCUUGCUGUAGCCCCCAUUCCCUGACCCUUUUCUGCUGACAGCCAUCAAUAAACUUGUUUGCAGUA